AGAAACUUUCAAACUUACAGCACGUUGCAUGAGUUCACGUGUGCUCCUGCACGUUCAAAACAAAUUUUGCUAAACACGUCUAAAAUUUAGCAAAAUGCGCAUCGAAGUGUGCUACUUCUGCUCGUCCAGGAUAUUCCCUGGCCAUGGUAUCCAGUUUGUCCGCAACGACUGCAAAAUCUUCAAGUUCUGCCGUUCAAAAUGCCAUGCCGCGUUUAAGAAGAAGAAGAAUCCGAGGAAGGUUAAGUGGACAAAAGUCUACAGGAAGACCGUCGGCAAGGAGUUGGCCGUGGACCCUUCGUUCGAGUUUGAGAAGAAACGACACUGCCCUGUCAAAUACAACCGUGAAGUCUGGCAGAAGUCUGUGGAGGCAAUGAAGGCAGUCGAAGCAAUCAAACAGAAGCGUCAGGCACACUUCAUAAAACAGAGACAGAGCAAGGCUAUCGAGAUUGAGAAGCAGAAAGACGUGAAGGAGGUGCACAGAAACAUUCAGCUGAUUCGCGCGGAUGCAGCCGGCAUGAGAGAACGAAUGAAGAAUGAAAUCGCCGAGGGAGCACAUGAAAGCGAGACUGAAAUGGAGGCACCUGAAAUUGAUUUGGAGGAUGAUAUCAUUGAAGAAGCACACGCAAGUGAUACAGAGAUGAACGCAGUGGAAGCCGAGGCGUGAAUUUGGACUACGUUCUACGAACCUAAGAAUUAUUGAAUGUAAUAAAGAAUAAGUCUAAUAACUACUUGGCAUUGAUUUGCGAAUUGGAAGCAAUUGUUCAAUAAAAUUCUAUUGAAACAUA